AUGAGAGCCUCCCACAGAGUCUUCUCCACCCCCGAGCUUCUCGAAGCCAUCCUCCUCCGCCUCGACAUGCGGACCCUCCUCACCUCCGCCCAGCUGAAUAGGUCCCAAACCCCCUCUUGGCCGAGCUCUUCCCCCUUUUUUCCCGCCUUCUUCUUCUUCUUCUUCUGCUGGACUGAACUUUGCUUCGACCUCGGGCGUCCGCUUUUAUCAUCGCUCGACCUGGCCAAGUCCGAAAAGAAGGCCUCUGCGUAUUUCCGCAAAGAAGCCAGCUGGCGCCGGAUGCUAGUCCAGCAGCCGCCGGCCCUGUCCCUGGGCUACUUCCAACUGAUCGAUAGUAUGGGCCCAUUGACGUACUGCAAAUGGGAGAUUCCGGCCCCGAAGGGCGACGGGCUUCGCAUGAACGUCCUUUACGACCUGAUCCUCUUCCCGCUAGGCAACCCCUGGUUCGUCCGGACCACGCGCGUGUACUGGCGGAGAUGGGUCCCCGACUUUGUGUUCCAUCGUAUGAAGUUCACCGACGAAACGAAGAUGCCCGAUGUGGUGAUUUUUGACCGUACGGUGAUGCAGUGCACCUGUGGUCCCGAGCGGCAUUGGCUGGGGGGCAGACGAUUGGAGCCAGCCCGUGGUACGAAAGCGAUCGCGUAUCCUCUCGAGGACUGGACGUUAUGUCACGAUGGCGAGGAGUUGGAGCCGCAGGAGCAGGGGUCUUAUCGCCGUUGA